AUGGUAAAUGAAGUUAAUGCAGCAACCGGUAUGAUAAUAUCUCAAUCAACAGUAUCAAGGAAAUUUCGGAAAAUAAAUAUAACGCGAAAACUUUCAUUGGUUCCCGAAGAACGAAAUUCCCCAGCAAAUAUUGAAAAAAGGGCCAUAUAUGCCCGCCGUAUCUCGCGUAUUUCUAGUGAUAAAUUGGUCUUUUUAGACGAAUCAGGAUUUAAUCAGCAUUUGAGAAGACGAUCUGGGUAUUCCCCAAAAAAUGAAAAGGCAUAUUCCAUUGUUUCCGGAAACAGAAAUACAAAUCGAAGUUUGAUGUGUGCAAUAAAUAUUUCUGGUGUGGUUGCUUAUGAAUUAAGAACUGCAGCUUAUAAUCCUGAAAGCUUUGAAAGAUUUAUAAGAAAUAACCAGUGUAAUUAUUUCCGACAAAACCCAGACCAUAUACUGAUAAUGGAUAAUGUUCCAUUUCACAGAUCAAGAAGUAUUAUAGAAGUUUUAAAUGAAUUAAGAAUAAAUAGAGAAUAUUUACCGGCAUGGUCUCCUCAAUUAAAUCCCAUUGAGGAAUUUUUUAGCAUGAUAAAGCGUUCAUUUGCUCCAGUAGGGGUUGAGCAUGAGUAA